UGAGCGGGGAGGCGCCAUCUUGUUCCUGUGUGAGGCGGCGGGGCCGGGGCAGCGCCGAGGGCAGUGCCCGCCGCCAGCCCGGGCCCGGCAUGGACACCGACUACUACGGCGGGGAGCAGUCAGAUGAUGGAGGAGCUACUCCAGUGCAAGACGAGCGAGACUCGGGAUCUGAUGUGGAAGAUGAAGGAAAUGAGCAGCAUUCUGGAUCGGAGAAUGGAAGUGUAGGGCACCAUUCAGAGAAUGAACACAGCGAUGGAGAAGAUGAUGGGCAAGUGGGAGAGCCUCAUAUGACAGACUCUGAAAAUGAAGAUGUCCCAAGGCAAAAGGACAGUGAUUCAGAUAAUGAGGAGCCUCCAAAUCACAAUGUGAGUGAUUCAGACAAUGAAGCAGCUCACGGAGGGAAAGACAGUGAUUCUGAUACUGAGGACCAUCCAAACCGGCCUUUAAGUGACUCUGAAAACGAGGAGGCCUUAAAUCAUCGAGCGAGUGACUCUGAUAAUGGAGACCCUCCCAGGGAUCCCAGUAGUGAUUUUGAAAACGAGGAAUCACACAAGCAGCCGGGCAGCGACUCGGAGAGCGAGGAGCUCCAGAAGCAGCCGGGCAGCGACUCGGAGAGCGAGGAGCUCCGCAAACGACCGGCCAGCGACUCGGAGAGCGAGGAUGUGGCCAGGCACAAACAGAUAGAGUCUGAGGAGAGCGAGGGGGAGGACAGGAAGGAGGAGGUGCAGAAUGACUCUCAUCAUUCGGAUAAUGAACAUGUACGGGAAGGAUUUCAGGGCUCUGACAGUGAAGAUGAAGCUCCUAAGAGACGUAAAAUAUCGGACAGUGAUGAAGAUGAGAAAGAGGAGGAGAAGACGGUGAAGAGGAAAACAGCCAUACUUUCUGACAGCGAGGAUGAGAGUGAGAAAACACCUGCAAAAAAGGUACGAAUCCUUUCUGAUGUGGAAGAAUCAGAUAGUGAUGCUGCUUCAGAGAAGUCUGAAAAAAGGAAGAAAAACAUUGUAUCGGAUAGUGAGGAGGAAGAAGAAGAAGAAGAAGAAAGAAAAGAAAAUGCUGGGAAGAAGAAAGAAGAGAAGGAUCUGUUUGGCAGUGACAGUGAAUCUGGAAAUGAACAAGAGAACCUGAUUGCAGAUAUAUUUGGAGAAUCUGGUGAUGAGGAAGAGGAGGAAUUUACAGGUUUUAACCAGGAGGAUUUGGAGGAAGAGAAGGGUGAUGGAGACAUGAAGGAGACAGCAGAUGAAUCAGACUCUGAUGAUAACAUCAAAAGAGGGAAGCACAUGGACUUCAUGUCAGAUUUUGACAUGAUGCUCCAACGGAAGAAGAGUAUGAGCGGCAAGCGCCGGCGGAACCGCGAUGGUGGGACGUUCAUCAGUGACGCAGAUGACGUGGUCAGUGCCAUGAUUGUCAAGAUGAAUGAAGCUGCUGAGGAGGAUCGACAGCUGAAUACACAAAAGAAACCAGCACUAAAGAAAUUAACUUUGCUACCAACUGUAGUUAUGCAUCUCAAAAAGCAGGACCUCAAAGAAACUUUCAUCGAUAGUGGUGUUAUGUCUGCCAUCAAAGAGUGGCUUUCUCCUCUUCCAGACCGAAGUCUGCCAGCACUAAAGAUACGGGAGGAGCUUCUGAAGAUCCUGCAAGAGCUGCCCAGUGUGAGCCAAGAGACCCUGAAGCACAGUGGGAUUGGACGGGCUGUGAUGUAUCUCUACAAACACCCCAAAGAGUCGAGACCAAACAAGGACAUGGCAGGGAAGCUGAUCAAUGAAUGGUCUCGACCCAUCUUUGGCCUUACCUCAAACUACAAAGGCAUGACCAGAGAAGAGAGGGAACAGAGAGAUUUGGAACAGAUGCCUCAUCGAAGGAAAUUGAGCAGCUCUGGUGGGCAGACUCCCCGCAGAGACCUGGAGAAAGUGUUAACUGGAGAGGAAAAGGCCCUCAGGCCCGGGGAUCCCGGGUUCUGUGCCCGUGCGAGGGUGCCCAUGCCCUCCAACAAGGACUAUGUGGUCAGGCCAAAGUGGAACGUGGAGAUGGAGUCCUCCAGGUUCCAGGGGACCUCUAAGAAAGGGGUGAGUCGACUGGACAAACAGAUGCGGAAAUUCACAGAUAUCAGGAAAAAAAGCAGAUCGGCCCAUGCAGUGAAAAUCAGCAUUGAGGGUAAUAAGAUGCCAUUGUGACCCUUCACAGAAUACCCCAUGAGCUCUGCUGUAAGACAGUGCACCCACAGACUCUUUGGAGACCUUUAAAUUUUUUUUACAACUUGUUUGGGGUUUUUUUAAGUGAAUCUUUGAAUUGUUGGUUCAGGUUCUGGUAGAAGAUGUUGUCUGAGGACUGUGAAUAUGAAGACUUCUUUCUCCUGAUAGUAUUUAACUGGCCCUAUCAUGUCCUUUGUACAGAUCAUGUAUUUGUUGUAUUGCAACACUUCAGACAAUAAAACAUCUUCUGUUUUUUU